AUGAAGCCGCACACCAGAGAUUCAUCUAUCACGGUUGCAGUCCGUGUUCGUCCAUUCACAGAAGCUGAACGGCCUUUCUUGGUUCAAAAUCAAGAUGAGAAUGAUCUCUUUUUGGGAGGAGGUUCAUUGGCCCAGGCAUCUUCUAGAAAGUCAGAUGUCUACGAGAGAGAAUCGAUGGCUAAAUUUUUCCCCAAAGGAAUCAGAAAAGUCGUUGAUGUGGUCGACGAUCGAAUGUUGAUAUUUGAUCCAAAUGAGUCCAAUCCACUGAACCAAAUACCCUUAAAUAACCUAUCGUCAAGGAGAGCCAGAAUACGGGAACACAGAUUUAUAUUUGAUAGGUUGUUUGACGAGGACACCACCCAGAAGACAGUUUACGAAAACACCACCAGGCCUCUGCUAGAUAGCAUCUUGGAUGGAUUCAACGCAACCGUUUUUGCAUAUGGAGCCACCGGCUGUGGUAAAACACACACAAUUACUGGAACUUUGGAAGAUCCGGGUGUGAUUUUCCUCACUAUGCAAGAGUUAUUUCAAAGAAUUGAAGAUCUAUCCAACGAUAAAAUCAUCGAACUCAAUCUCAGUUAUCUGGAAAUUUACAAUGAAACCAUCAGAGACUUGUUGAACCCCUCUAUGGAUCAAAGAAAACUAAUACUACGAGAAGAUGAACAGAAGCGAAUUAUCGUAUCCAAUUUGUCAACGCAUCAUCCCGUCUCUGUUGACGAAGUAAUGGAUAUGAUAGUGAAAGGAAACGCAAAUAGAACAAUCUCUCCAACAGAGGCUAAUUUGACAUCGUCUCGUUCACACGCAGUACUUCAAAUCAAUCUAAUGAUCAAAAACAAAACCCCUGACAUAAAUGAGAAUCACAUGUAUUCAACUUUAUCAUUGAUUGAUCUAGCAGGAAGUGAAAGAGCUGCUGCUACCAAAAAUAGAGGUAUAAGACUGCACGAAGGAGCAAAUAUCAAUAAAUCAUUGCUUUCAUUGGGGAACUGUAUUAAUGCAUUAUGUGAUCCUAGAAGACGAAAUCACGUUCCAUACAGAGAUUCAAAGCUAACAAGAUUGCUAAAGUUCUCCCUUGGUGGAAACUGCAAAACUGUCAUGAUUGUCUGUAUAUCACCGUCUUCGGGUCACUAUGAUGAGACGUUAAACACAUUAAAAUAUGCCAAUAGAGCUAAAGAAAUCAAGACUAAACUAAUUCGAAAUCAGCAUAAUUUAACCAGGCACGUUGGAUCCUAUUUGAAGAUGAUCACAGAGCAAAAGCAGGAGAUAAUGGAUUUAAAAUCUAGAGAGUCUAGGGUUGUGGAGAAUGCACUUUUGAAACGAGAAAACGUAGUAAGUUCUUGUCAAGAAGAGUUUUCCAAAAUUUUGCAAGGACUGAAGCACUCUUUGGCAUCAAAAUCCAAUAUUCUAUUGAAUAGGGCAUACUUAUUAGGAUCGCGUCAACUAUGGCAGCUUUAUUCCAAAGCGAUAGAAUCAUUUUUGGAGAACUUGGAGUCCAUCGGCACUGAUUGGGACCAUUUGGUUUCUGGGUUUUCAGAAAUGGUUCGGCUUGUGCAAUCGUUGUCAGCAAAGGUGAACAAAUUAAUUGAAGAUAAUUACAAAGCAUUGCACAGCGAAACAGAGAUCGAACACAUUACAACUGCCAGUUGUCAACUGGAACUAAAAAGGCUUGCCGAAUUAGACGGAUGGACUGACUUUCAUACGACACAAUUCAAUAAUCAAGUUGCCUUACUUAAAGAAUCUUUCGAAAGGGAGGAAAACAUUCUAUCCCAGACAGUUUUUGAGUUGUGUUUACCACAAUUAAAAAGGCUUCCGCUGAUGGAAUCCGACAUAUUUCCGUCCCUUCAUUUUCUUUUAAAACUUGUACAAGAGAUAGAGAGUGAAGAGGUGCAAAAGAAGUUGGACUCAUUGGUAAGAAGAUUUUCGGAUACAAUUUCAGAAGCUUUGCAGUAUGAGUUGAGUUUCACUGUUGAUAAAUCCAACCUUCCCCUGCCAGCAAGUUGGGUAUUUGAGGGCGAGAGCAUUUCGUAUGGUUCAACGCAGUCUACUCAACCAUUAAGAGCAACACCUCCUCGUAUGAAAUUGAGCAAAGAAAAACAAUACAGCUUCUCUCCCAAGACACCGCUUUGGAAAAGGUGGUUCAAUUCACCAAUUAAGAAACCUCAAAGACUAAAGGGAAAGAAAGUCCGAUGGAGCAUGCCCUACACUAACGAAAAUAUACAUGAAGACGGGGAGAAGGAUUUUAACGAAGAUGAUGAAGAGCAACAGCAUAUGGAAACCAGUCUUGAAGAUUCAGACGUAGACAUGGAUAAAUUUGUUGACGCUAUGGAUAUUUCACCGUUGCCAGAUGCCGCAGAUUCGUCAUUUUCUACGGUUAAAGCUUCCAGACAGAGUUCACUAACCACAAGAAAACUAAUUCCGUCCAAACAAAGUAAGAGCCUUCUAAGCUCUUUGAAGAACGCUGAAGCUCAACCAGAUGAAACAGAAAUAGUUCCACCCUUAGGUGCACCCUCACGAAUGAAUUUGGUAGAACCUAAUAUGGUGCUUGAAGAUAAUAAUAAAUAG